UUAUGCAAUAAAAAACACAGACAUCCACAACACUUCCUACAGAUCUAAUUUUCAUCACUAGCUGUUUCAAACAAACCUUCUCAACUGCUGUUUCGUUCUGAUCAGCUUGACAACAGCCAUUGCAAUUCUCAACAAGAGAUUCCAAUUUAAACUGGGGUAACUCAUCGCAAGUACUACACAAAAGAUUUGGCGUGAAACCAAGAGAACGACAUUCCUCUGCAGUUAAAUUUGCGCUUAUAUACUGUAAAAUCGAAAGAAAUACCGUCGGGAAAAGCCAAACGCUUGAAGCGUCAUUUUUGUAUUUCGGCCACAUCAUUGAAGAAGAAGCCACUUGGUGCGUACUACAUGACGUUUCCAAGCCUACUUGGUACCAGUCUAUUUGGCUGUGCAAAAAAUUCUAAUUUUUUUUUGGAAAUUUUGUUUUUCAGGAUAUUUGUUAUGAAAUUUUUGCCUGUUUUUUAUAAAAUAGUUCAGGUUUUAUACAAGUUAACUUUUUGAAGAAAUGCAAGUUUUCAGUUGAAGUAGAGGAUAUUUUGCAAAAUAUGGCCCAAAUGGAAUCGGAGGUAUGAACAGGAUGGAGUGAUUGAAAUAGAAUGAACAAUAUAUAUUUGUGCAAAUGGGUGUUGAUUCAAGGUUUGACUAACUCACAGGCAAUUCAUUGCAGGGUUAAGGUGAUGGUAGUCAAACCUGUUACUUGGCUAUGUUUAUACUAUACCGGAUAGCUUUCUGUACCGGCGCGAAAAAGCACCUAUCCGAUAUGGAAGCUGAGCAAAACAACAUCUCUCUGUUGUAAUAAUUCCUCUGAAAAUAGUGUUCCGAAGAAUUAAAUCAAGGUUGCAGACUGAAGCAUACAAUAUUGUUAAUUGAUUAUGUGACCAACAUAACCUUACCUUAAUUUUUACAGAAUCUUCUACAAGAAGUUCGAUCAUUUGUCUUGCCAAGCAAAGGCCCUGGGGGUAACGUGAAUAUCCUGGAGAGAACAAAAAGUGCUAUCGUAUUGAUGAGAUGUUUGCCGUGCGCUCGAGCUGCUGUGUUGGAACAAAUAUGUGAGAUCUUUCAGGAAGCCGUGCAUAAAUAUAUCAUUGAGAGUGAUAGGCAAGAUUUGUUAGGUAGAGUUGAUAAGGGAGUUUUUAAAUUGACUUCAUUUAUACUGGAUAGAUCUAUCAUUUCCAAACUGUUUUCUUUAGAAGUUGGCCCAAUGUUACUGCAGGAGGAAACCUGAACUGACUUUUUUAUACUGGAUAGCUCUAUUGGCUCUUGGCCGAUCUUUUAAGAGAUCCAGUAAGAGCCAUCCCAUAUUGAUCCAGUGUUACUAUACAGAUUACUGUAGACCUGAAUAUACCUGGAGAAAAUCUUCAGUGUUUGGUGGAGUCAAAGUGGAAGCAUUCGUAUACUGUGAAUCACUGAAUGGAAAUAAAUGGACAUUCCCAUUCUCCUGUUUAUGUCCUUCCUAAAAUGCCCCACAUGUAUUUACAAUAUGUAGGUUCUGGAGAAAAGGCAGAGGUUGAUCCUGAAAUAUAUGAUGUCAUUGAAAAUAUCCAUGACACAUUGUUGGAAUUCAUUAAUAAUAACCCUGAUGCCUGGGCGCCAAUUGUCACCAAGGUAGAGUUAGCUUGACUUAGCCCAUUAAGCUGCAAUGUGCCCCAAUUUACUGUACUUUAUCAUUUUACUCUGUCUAACACCAAAUUAUUUUACUUGUCAAAGGGAGAGUGUCAGGAUACACUGCAGCUUAAUGGUUUAGAUUAUGACUUUUUGAAAUAAUUAUUAAAUAAUCUUGAACAUACAGAAUAAUAGAAUUCUCUUUUUGUGAAUUGAUUUUAGUGGUCAGUGUAUCUUCUUGGCCAGUUAAGUGCAAAAUACGCCACACAACGAGGUUGGUUCAACUUGGUUUUGAUGUUUUCCUGAUUGAAUGCCCUUUUUACGCACAUACAUUUUGUCUGCCCAAGCUAACAAGCUACUCGACUGUUGAUGUUCCUUCGGCUGUUUCAUCUGUUUGUCAUCUAUUUUGUUGUUUGAACAGGAACUAAAGCGAGUACUUCAUUGAAUGAGAGAUUGCAAGUGUGGUUGACGUGUCCUGCUGCUCAAAUGUUGAUGGAGAUUUCUGCUCAAUGUUUUUCUAAAUUGUAAGUGGAAAGUGAGCAUUUGUUCCAUAUUUCUUCUAAUCUUGCAUUUUGAUGGUGCUAAUGAUGCUAAUUAUUAUAAUUAGUCAUUUUGUAAUUGAAUUUUGUUCUGAUUCAUUCCAGAAUAGAUACAAACCCUGAUGUCUGCAUUCAGUAUCUCCUGGACUCCGCUGUUCAACACUCUCCUCACUUUGACUGGGUUGUCGCUUAUAUUGGGUUUGUAUUUUAAGACUGUUCUCCAGGCAUGUAUUUUUAUCACACAUGUAUAUGUGCAGAAAAGAAAUUAUUUAACCCAUCGAGUUGCAUUGUGUCCCGAUGCACCAUACUUCACUAUUUUACUCUGUCUAAUGCCAGGUGAUUUUACUUGUUAACAGGAGAGUGCUGCCACUAAAUGGGUUAAAUUACACUUACAGAACAAUCUAUCACAUAAAUAGAUGUACAGAAUUUAGCACUACAUGUAUUUAAUUAUGACUGGAGUGUGUGUUUAACCCAUUGAGUUGCAGUGCUCUCCCAUUGACGAGUAAAAUUGUUUGUCAUUAGACAGAGUAAAUUAUGAAGUAGAGUUUGGUAUAUUACUUUUUUAUAUUUCUUUUGUUUCAGUUCGUAUUUUUAUAAAUCUAUAAUCAGUCAUCUCCUGAGCUGUGCUAUGAAUGAGUUUUAUAGCGAUGAACCUUGUGACGAUGAAUUUUCAGAUCUCUUUCGAACAGCAAUAAGGAUUUUGGAUUAUUUUGCACAAAAAUAUCCAGAAGAAGUUAAAAAUGCUGUUUUAGCUAUGUUUCAGGUAUGGGUGUGGUGUGGUAUGGUGUGGUGUGGUGUGGUGUGGUAUGGUGUGGUGUGGUAUGGUAUGGUAUGGUAUGGUAUGGUAUGGUAUGGUAUGGUAUGGCAUGGUAUGGCAUGGCAUGGUAUGGUAUGGCAUGGUAUGGUGUGGUAUGGUGUGAUAUGGCAUGGUAUGGUGUGGUAUGGUAUGGUAUGGUAUGGUAUGAUAUGGUAUGGUAUGGUAUGGUAUGGUAUGGUGUGGUGGUGUGUGGUAUGGUAUGUGCUGUGCUAUCAGGUAUGGUAUGUGGUAUGGUAUGUAUGGUUGGUGUGGUGUGGUGUGGUAUGGUAUGGUACAUGGUAUGUAUAGUUGGUAUGGUAUGGUAUGGUGUAGUUGGUGUGGUAUAUUGGUAUGGUACAUGGUAUGGUAUGGUACAUGGUAUGGUACAUGGUAUGAUACAUGGUAUGGUACAUGGUAUGGUACAUGGUAUGAUACAUGGUAUGGUACAUGGUAUGGUACAUGGUAUGGUACAUGGUAUGGUACAUGGUAUGGUACAUGGUAUGGUACAUGGUAUGGUACAUGGUAUGCUACAUGGUAUGGUACAUGGUAUGCUACAUGGUAUGGUAUGCUACAUGGUAUGGUACAUGGUAUGCUACAUGGUAUGGUACAUGGUAUGGUAUGUAUGGUUAGUAUGGUAUGGUGUGGUAUAUGACAUACACUGUCAUACAGUAGUAUGUAGUAUGGUAUGGUAUGGUAUGGUGUGGGUGGUAUGGUAUGGUAUGGUAUGGUAUGGUAUGGUACAUGUUAUGGUAUGAUGUGGUAUGGUGUUGUGUAAUGUGGUGUGAAAAACCUCAUACAGUUUGUUGCUUUAGGAGAGCACAGACAACGUGGAAUUGGGCAAACCAAAAUGGACAAAAAGUAAAACUCAGCCAUGUUUAAUUCCAUUCUUUGUUCAUCUUGGUAUGAAUGCUGCAAAUAUACUAAAUGUGACGAUAGUUGCUUUUCUUGAACAAUGUAAGUACUGCACAAAAAAAUUUGUUGAAUGAAAAUUAAAGAACGAAACCCAUCUAUUCUUGAAAUGUGAUAUUGAGAUAAUACAGUUUUCACUACUCAAUCCUUUCAGUAACUCCAGAUGUGAUGAGGAAAGUACAUUAUCAGUUGACAGAAUGGGGGUCAGCCCCUGGAAACCAUGCGCCAAGGUAUAUAAAUUACCUCCAUCAGUCCUAAACUUUCUAGAGGUCCAGUAAUUAGGGUCAUCUCUCUUAUUGAUUCAGUGUUACUAUAGCUACACCACUCUCUAUUGCAGUUUGUUAUCAUCUGUUGUUGGUCUGGUAAUUUCUCUCAAACAUGGCACCUUCAAAACCUUUCAAUAUUUGCUCACAAUUGCUGUGCCCAAUACAGGUAGGCUGUCUUAGUUGGCUCUUCAGGCUAUGUGGAAGACAACAAAUGCACGUCUAUUGCGUUGUGCAGUGACUGAUGUUAUGGAUUUUUUAUCUUAGAAUCGAAUGAGAGCGAUGGUACAGAAAUUCAAGAUAUUUGUUUUUAUAGUGCUAUGAUAUUAGUAAGUCGUUCACGUUCCAGUUUGCUUCCUUAAGACGUUAUAUCUGAUAUACACACGUAAAAACGCACAAGUUGUAACAAACCUGCAGCAGACUUGUAGCAAUGCUGUUCCAACAACUUGUCAACAGGAUGUGUUCGCACUGCUUGUUUCCAGCUUGUUGACAAGUUGUCAACAGCUUUUUCACAACUUGCUACAAGGUUGUUGAGCUCAACAGACUUGUUGCAAGUUGUUCCAACAAUUUGUUAUCGUCCUGCAAUUCAACAAUUUGUCAACAAGUUGUGAGUGACAACCUUGUAGCAACUUGAUAAAAUAACAGCAUUGUUACAACUUGCAGACUUUUACAUGUGUACUCGAAGUGGUUUAUUAUAUUUUAACACUGCAAAAUAUGUGCUAAAAUUUGGUUCUUUUUCAACACAUUUUUAUUUUAAUGUUUCCUCCAGGAAAAAGUGUUUAUUCAUCUUCAACGUCUCGUCACAAAAAAGCAUCGAGCAGAGUCAGCUUCUGCUGACGGAAAAGGGACUGGACAGAGUGGAAAUAAGGAUUCGAGUAAUGAUAUUCCGUUCCUUAACGAGUUGAAAGAAAAGUGGAAAGAACUUUGUGAUCAACUGUUGAACGCUGAUGGCCAAAGGUGAGCCUAGCUGGCCCAUGAGAUUCCUGCAAUAUACCGUUGUCUGAUUAUAAUUUCCCCAUUAAUCGCAUGUGAGAAGAGCGCUUCUGUUCAACUCUUGAGAUCGAGUGCUUCAGAUCUUUUCCAGUUACUUCAAUCGGUAAAGUUUUCUGCAGUAGUAACACUGGACAAAUAAGAGAUGUAGGAAGAACAGUUUAGAACUGAUAGAGCUAUCCAGUAUAAAUAAAGUUAGUAUAGUUCAGGUUUCUUCCUGUAGUAACACUGGAUCAAUAAGAGAUGACCCUUGCUGGACCUCUAGGAAGAACAAUUUAGAACUGAUAAGGUAAUAAAUUUACUUGGUGUUUCCACAACCAAUAGUAUUAUAUGUUUUAUCGUCAUGCAAACCUACAAAGAACUUAGUUUAGAACUGAUAGAGCUAUCCAGAAUAAAUAAAGUUAGUUUAGUUUGUUUCCUCCUGUAGCAACAUUGGAUCAAUAAGAGAUGAUCCUCACUAGAUCUCUAGAGAAAGAACAGUUUAGUCAUCGGAUAGGGCUAUCCAGUAUAAAUAAAGUUAGUUUAGUUUAAGUUUCCUCCUGUAGUAACACUGGAUCAAUAAGAGAUGAUCCUCAUUGGAUCUCUAGGAAGAACAGUUUAGUCAACUGAUAGAGCUAUCCAGUAUAAAUAAAGUUAGUUUAGUUUAGGUUUUCCUCUCUCCUGUAUAAAUGUAACGGAUUCAAACCACUCUAAGGAGAUGGAGCUAUUCAACUAUAAUUUAAUUUAGUAGAAGUUUCUAACAGCCUAAUGUUCAAAGAACAUAACAUUGUCUUUCUCCUCUAAGGUUAUCGUGGAUUCUGAGGCUGUUGUCGCUCGUAGCAGUCUACUCCGGCCCAGCAACGUGUAUUGAGAUCUUUAACUAUAUCCUUACUUUCAAACGAACAAGUCAACAUGUAAGUAGUAUAUAUUGUUGGAAAAACACAGUAUGAUUGAUGAAAGUAUCGACAUUUUUCCCAACAUUGAUGUUUUUCUUCAGUUAUCAAUGUUCGUCGAACUACAAAAGGAAGUUCAAGCAUUUUACACGAGAGCUCCUGAUCUGGCUGUGUCGAAGUGCCUCAAGAGAAUCUCAAUCAAGUCUUCUCCUGAUAUUUUAACUGAGGUAUCUACAGAUGAAUUGGGCUUCCAGGAGUGUAUGUGAGGGGCCGUCGACAAAUAGAUUUCGUCCCGCAUCGCGGACUUGGGCCGCGAUUGUUUGAACCCCCUCCCCCCUACCUCAUCGCGGACAAGUAAAAAAUCCAAAGAGAAUCGAAAUUAUGGUCCAAAAUAUUAUCCGAAAUAUGACUGUGAGCGGUCUACUAUAGGCAAGAAUACAUUAUGUAAUGCUGACUUUUAACAUUACAAUGAGCUUGUAAUAAAUAAAAACUAGUUUCCGUAUUGUUUAGCAGUUGUAAGCAACAUAAAAUUUAAAUAAAUACCCGAUUUAUUGUCCACAAAUGCAAUAUUUAUAUCCCCGAUUUUGUGAGUAUAUUAUUUAAAAUGUACUACAUUUUCUUCUGAUCUUCGUAUUAUAUUUCUAAAGUCAGUUUUCGUCCCAAAUAUUUUGUAAUCGCGGAUUCUAAUCUACCCCCCCCCCCCCCCCCCCCAUCGCGGCCCAAGUCCGCGAUGCGGGACGAAAUCUAUUUGUCGACGGUCCCUGACACGGUGUAGUUAGUGUAUGUGCUUCCAUCUCUGUGACUAAAGUUUGAUUUCAAUUUUUUUGUGGCAGGUUCAGACAACUUUAGAAAAUUUGCACCAACUCAUGGAAAUGGAGAAGAUUGUUGGGCAGGACUAUGCAGGGUAGGUGUAUAUCAAAAUAAAUUAAUCAGAAUGGUGGAUCCAGUCAGAUCUGGUAGGGAUGUUCAUCAAGAAUCAGUUUUUGUUCAGGUUGCGACCGUUGACUAAGUGGAGCUCUUUUCCAGAAGACGUAUUCUUGCAGCAAGGAAUACUGAAUCAUUUAAAUGCAUGACGUUUUUGCUUGUACCACCUUAGCUCCUGACCACACCGUCCAAAAAUCAUUGCUGUUGAGGGGUGGCCAUAACAGAAAAUAAUAAUGUUUAACUACUGUUCUGCUGCUUCCAGGUUUUCUGUAGGUCGUUGUCUGAGGCAGCAUACCACGCUACUAGUCUCAUUUCUUUCCUAUCCUAACAAAGCCAUAUCUUCCAUCACUCUGGAUCUACUUGUUGCCCUCGGCUUUCCUUUUAUCACGUUCUCAGUGAGUGACAAAAUGAAGAUUGUGAAAACGUGUGCCAGCUUCUUUUUUAAACUACUUCACCAGUACAACACUGCUUGUCAACAAGAAAGUAAGUCACAUGCAGCGGCGUAACUAGAGCGUUAAUUGGGGGUAUUCAUAUAUUCGUGUUCUGCCCGACUAAUUUCUUUUGAAAUGAACUUAAAAACAAAGAAAUUCAAAAGAAAUUCGUCGGGCAGAACACGAAUAUAUGAAUAUACACGCUCUAGUUACGCCUCUGGUCACAUGUAGUAAGUGUUAGACUAAUUUUAUUUAUACUGAAUAGCUCUAUCAGUUCUAAACUGUUCUUUCUAUCAUCUCUUAUUGAUCCAGUGUUACUACAGCAGAAAACGUACACUAAACUAACUUUAUUUAUACUGGAUAGCUCUAUCAAUUCCAAACUGUUCUUCCUAGAGAUCCAGUAAGGAUCAUCUCUUAUUGAUCCAGUGUUACUACAGGAGGAAACCUACACUAAACUAACUUUAUUUAUACUGGAUAGCUCUAUCAGUUCUAAACUGUUCUUCCUAGAGGUCCAGUAAGGAUCAUCCCGUAUUGAUCCAGUGUUACUACAGCAGAAAACCUAAACUAACUUUAUUUAUACUGGAUAGUUCUAGCAGUUCUAAACUGUUCUCCCCAGAGGUCAGGCAGGACUACAGGUAUCUUAUCUAUGUUUGUUCAUCUGUCGGUAUUCCUGUGUCCUCCUGUAGUAACACUGGACCAAUAAGGGACGAUCCUUGCUGGACGUCUAUGGGGAACACUUUAGAAGUAAAAGAGCCUUAAAGUUGUAGUUUAGUUUCCUCCUGGACUAAGGGAUGGCCAAACGUCCAGAGUGAACAGUUGUGCAUUUCUUUCACGUUAAGGGUACGAGGUGCGGCAUCGAUGUUUAGAUAUGUUAAAGAAAUACCAGGUGUUGCUGUCGAUCAUUUGUCGCGACGAACCUUGCCAGAUUUUGGCUGUCCGACAUUUUAUGGAGGGUGCUUUUCAUCAAGAAAACAAAAGUUUAUUUUGCAAGCGUAAACAAGGUAAGCUCUCAGAUGCAAGUAACGAUGUUCAGCACACCCCCACAUACUUACUUCAAAUGUUAUUUUUUAGCGCAAGAAACUGCAGGAAAGUCCGACAAUUCACUGUUUAGUAAAAAUAUAACUCCGGGGAUUUCAUCUCGAUUGCCGCUUAAUACUGCUUCUGUAUUUUAUCUUGGUGUGAUUGGCAAAGGAAAGAAAUCUGAAGAGCAAGAAAUACUGCAGGUCCAUUACAGAGUUAUUGACCUAAACUAAACUAAAUUAAGUUAAUUUAUACUGGACAGCUCUAUCAGUUCUAAACUGUUCUUCCUAGAGGUCCCGUAAAGGUCAUCUCUUAUUCAUCCAGUGUUACUACAGGAGGAAACCUAAACUAAACUAACUUUAUUUAUACUGGACAGCUCUAUCAGUUCUAAACUGUUCUACCUAGAGGUUCCAGUAAGGAUCAUCUCUUAUUGAUCUAGUGUUACUACAGGACGAAACCUAAACUAAACUAACUUUAUUUAUACUGGACAGCUCUAUCAGUUCUAAACUGUUCUCCCUAGAGGUCCAGUAAGGAUCAUCUCUUAUUGAUCCUGUGUUACUGCAGGAGGAAAUCUAAACUAAGCUAACUUUGUUUAUAAUGGAUUCGCCAAUAAAGUUUGACUAUAAUUUAUUUCACUUCUUAGGUCUUUUCCCAGAGCAACUCUCAAUUUUUCCUUCAAUGUAUACACACAAUCUGCCAUAGUUCCCGACCUCCAAACCCAAGCGCCAUGGAGCCACAUAAUGUUAAAAUAUUUGCAAAUUUAGCGUUAUUACUAAAAGAUCUUAUAGUGGUAGAUGGGACUUUUGACUGUGGUACGUGGCCUGACGAGGACGAUAUCAAGUAUUCUAUUGGAAGGUAAAGCUCCUGCGUUCAUAGUGUGGGUAGUCAGGGAUGGAUCCAGCAUGAUCUGUGGGGGGGGGGGGGGGUUGCUCUGCCAGCUCUGGUGCCGAGUUGUGUCGGUCAUGUGUGCCGCCCGCCCAUCAACUUGCUUCACUACUGCAAAGUCUUGCUUGACUACUGUAUUUGAAUUGUAAUUGUUGUUCACAGUUCGCUUAUCAUCAUGUUAUUACUCAAAUUACUGUAUCUCAUUUUGUCUCCAAUAAUUUUUUGCUUUAUCAUGAAAAGUAGCACCCCCCCCCCCUGCACGAUGAAGAUGGAUGGGGUGCGUCUGGACGAACUUGGGGAAAGAUAAAAUAGUUCGUAAACUACUUGCGUCUAAAAGUUCUUAAAUUUUAAUAUACAUGAUUUUGUGUUCUUCUAGAGAUGUAUCAGUACUAAAACAGUUUGAUGAGAGCGAAAUAUUUUGGCAUUUGUUGUUCUUGUUGGCAGAAGGUGACUGUUUCUUCACGAUUAUAUACAUCCAGGGUUAAUUUUAUGAUUUGGGCGUUUUGCACAUCCAAGACCCCCUCCCCCCCACUCGUUUGGGGCUGGUUACGCCCCUGAUCUUCUCAAUGCGUUUUGUGUUUCAUUUUAGUUCCUCGUGUUCUACCAAACUGUCUACCAAUCAUACAUGGUUUAUUCUCGUCAAUUCUCAAAUUCUGGGAACAAUGCAGGGAGCCUAACACGUACGACUGCCCAACGCAACUAUACGCUUCUGUUCAAAUUAUGUCCAUACUCAGGAAGGCAAUGUGGUUGCCCAGACCUCUGUGCCUAGGCGGAGAUAUUUUUCAUAUCAUAUCACCCAAGGAAAUUCACAAACUGCUUGAAACAAUAUGGGCAUUUUUUAAGGUAAGUUGCGUUGCACAUUGAGGACGAUUUACACUACACAACUUUGGCCGUAAACCUGUCGUAUGCAACCUGCUUACAACUUGAGUUGUACUGUGUAAAUCAAGCAUACAAUUCUCGUACGUUGUCGUAGGUUAGUUGUGUGCUUGAUUUACACAGUGCAACUCAAGUUGUAAGCAGGUUGCACGCGACAGUUUUACUUUAGGCAAAACUUGUGUAGUGUAAAUCGUCCUCAAUGCACCCAACUUUAUUUUUCCCCUUCGACAGUGAAUUCUUACAUCCUUUAAUUGUGUUUUAAAUAGGAGAAUCCUCCAACAGUGAACACAAGAAUUGUAACCGAGAUACCGGACGGUCGUCAUAAAAAUGUCGUCAAGUCUACAUUUCUCGGAAACAUAGCAGAGUUGGGUCAUCUGUACGCGAGAUUUUUCCCAGUUCAUGAUAGAACAUAGAUUCAUAUGUAGCUUCAAAUUCUCUUCUACCUGUAAAUAUUCAUACCUAGCUGUGCAAAAUAUUAUUAACUUUUGGAAAA